CCGGGGAAUUUAUCAAAUAUGGCUGAUAUCGAGAAAGUGAUAUAAAAGCGUGUCGUAUUUUCUCAUUGUUGCACCUGCAAUCAAAGAUGUGGUCUUGAAUUGCAAGUUAUAGUGAAAUAUUGACCCUUAAGACAAGUCCCAAAAGAUAAUGAUGGAUUAUGGCUGGGAUACUUCUGAUGAAGAAGGCAGCAUGGCUAUUGAUCUAGAUGCUAAACAAGAAGAGCAUAAAGAUCAAAAGGUCAACACUGGCCAACAAUCUACCAAAUCAGAUAACUAUGACCCAUCAGAACCAACUGAUGAUUAUGACCCAGCAGAACCUACUAAUGAUUUGGAUGUAGACUUUUCAAAAAAUGAUAGUAAUGUAACUAGCAAUAGUGAAAAUCUGGAGGGUUCAUUCAGCGGAAAGAGUUACGAUAAAGCUCCUGAAUAUGAUCCUGCUGAACCUACGCUAAGCGAUGAAGAAGGUGAAAAUUCUAGCCUGUGUGAAAAAGAAGAAACAGCACAGUCAGAUCCAGUAGAUGAGGACCAUGAUGGACGCUGGGACUCUCAAAAUUUUGAGAGUCAAGCUGAAAUAUCCCAUAUCCCAGGCUUUGAAAAUAAUAACAAUCUAGGUGAAAUAAGUUCACCCAAUCAAGAUGAAAUUAGUUCACCCAAUCAAGGUGAAAUUAGUUCACCCAAUCAAGGUGAAAUAAGUUCACCCAAUCAAGGUGAAAUAAGUUCACCCAUUCAAGGUGACAGUUCGUCUCCACUUGUUGACGCUGCUGUGUACCAGGUUGACAAAGGAGGUGUUGGUAGUCCGGUUAGAACAAAGUCUAGCCCAUCUAUAGGUCCCAUAGAUACUGAUGAUAAUACCAGAAACUCAAUAAUUGAUGAUGUGAAUAGUGAUGUGCCUGAGGUUUCUUUUGAUGAUAGUGAUUUUGUUUUGGAAAAGGAGCCAUUUAAUGCUCAGAAUGAACCAAAAGAUGUUGAUGAAGACUCUUGGUCAAAGCUUGAGUCUAAUUUUAAUAAUAUAGAUGAUGGGAACAAAGGAAGUUUGCAUGAUCAACAAGAUGAUGUCGAAUCACUUGAUAGUGAUUCUAGAGUCCAACAACAACAAAAAGAUGACCAAAAUGAGGAGGAGAGAGAAAGAUUUAGAAGGCAGCAAGAAGUAGAUACUCGUAAUGAAGAAGCUUUAGUUGAUCUUUUUAGGGAAGAAAGUGAUGACCUUGAGCAGCCUGUUAAAAAAAGCAAAAGGAAACUUGGGUCUAAAAAAGUGAAGAAGAAAGGUAAAAAACUAAAAAAAGGUUUAGGUAAAAAGGGACAGAAAAAGCAUAAUGUAGAGGUUGAGGAUCAAAGAUUUGUAGAAAUAAGAAGAGAUAGAACCAGCAUGGAAAGCAGAGAAGAAGGGGAGUUAGAGGGGGAAGGUUUGAAUUUUGGGCAUAAAAAAGCCCAUGAAGAGAGACUUUCACUUGAUGUCUACGAAAAUGUGUUUGAUAUUGGUGGCAGUCAUCAGGAGGAAGAGCAAAGAGAGCCUGGUGAAAUCGUGGAAGAAAACAGAAAAAAGAGCAGCAAGAAGAGAGAAAAGAAAGAAAGAAAAAAGAAAAAAACCAAAAGAGAAGUUGCUACAAUAGAGGAAGGUAACCAAGGUGAUGAUGAUUCUCAAAAGUUUCCUUCCUUUCUUGCUGGUUUUUUUGUUCAAGAUGAAGGGGAGGAGGAUGUAGAGGAAAAUGUAGCACUGCGGUCGUUUGAUGAUGAAGAUCCACCUUUUCAGAAAGGCGUUAAAAAUUAUAGAAAGAGACAUAGUUCAGGUGCUGAAGAUUCAGUGAAAAGUUUUGAACAGAGUGUUGAUAUUCAACGAAGUGAAAGUCAGGAGGUAAGGGGUGAGGAAACUGAACACAGAAAAAGUAGAAAACAUGAUGAAAGAAGGCAAGAAACUAGAGAGCAAAGGCGGGAAGCUAGAGAUACUAGAGAAAUUAGGCAUGAUAAAGAGCAUAGACAUGGCACUCCAAGAGACAGGGAGAGAGAAAGGGAAAGAGAACGAGAAAAGAAUAGGGCUGAGAGAGAACGAGAUAGAGGCAGAGAUAAAGAAAGAGAAAACAGAGAAAGGGAGCGUGACAGAGAAGCUGUGAGAGAAAGAGAUAGAUCUCGCAGAGUUGAAGUGGAUGAACGCCGACGUAGACAUACUAGAAGUGGUUCUCGUGAACGGAGACGCAGGUCUCAAUCUGCUGAGAGGGUACGUAGAUCUCGUUCUAGAGAUAGAUCAGCUAGACACAGAAGGCACAGAACAAAAUCCAGAGAGAGAUCAUCAGAAAGAGAGAGGGAGAGAGAAAAGGAGAGGGAAAGAUCUAAACGAAGGUAUAGAGAGAGAAGUCGUGAAAAAGAAACUGAAAGGCGAGCCAGAAGACCAUCACAUUCACGUUCUCGAAGUCCACACCGGCGCUCUGAAAGAGCAAGUUCAAACAAAGAAAAUAGAGAUGAAAAUCAUCGAAGGAGGCGGCGGAGACCUAGGGAUAAUGAAGAAAGUGAUUCGGAUGACAGAGAAAAUGUUAGAAGAUCUCAGCGGCGCCAAAGAAGGGAUAGAAGUAGCAGUUCUUCCACAUCAUCCAGCAGUAGUAGUGACAGCAAUUCUAGGUUUAGAACAAAUAGUCAUCAUCGCAGCUUCCAUAGCCAUCACAGCUCAGAUGAGGGUGCAUCUAGUGACGUUAUACUUGUAGAGCCGGAGAGGAUUGUCAUAAAUCUUGAUGAAGAGGAAGAUCCACCAUCCAGAGUAGAUAUCACUCAUCAUAACAUUGAAGAUGAUAGUACUAAGUUAGUUGAUGGAGAAACAAUACCUCCACCCCCUGAAUUGUCAAGAAAUGAAAGGGGCAGUGCUUUAAUUCAGAUUAACCCUGCUGAGAUAGACAAUGAAAUCAAUGGCUCUGAAGAGCCUGAAGGUGAUGCAACACCAACGCGUGAUGAGCACACUGAUGGUGCUGUCUCUAGAGCUCCUCAGAGAAAAAUAAUUUCAGAAUCAGUCUAUGAUCCAGCACACCCUACAGAGGAGGCAGAGGAACCAGAACAGGGUUUUACAACACCCAUUUCUACUGCUGUGACAUUAAUCUCUGCACCAGCACCUAGUUCAUCACCUGCUUUUUGUCCACCUGAACCUGGUCCUGUUCCACCUGAUCAUCCUCCACCAGAAGAAGUUCGUCCCUCUCCACCACCACCUGGGCCUUUGUUAGAUUCUGUGGCCCCUCCUCUACAGCCUCCACCCCUCCCAGCCAUGCAACAGUUACCAAUGAUGAAUGCAGCGUUUCAACAGCAACCACCACCACCAGCUCCACAGCCACCAUCUCCCCAGCAACAGCCAGGCUUAUUGCCUUUUCCUUCUGGCCCUCCUGGGCAAAGAUUCCCUCCAUGGCCUCUGGUGAAUGGACCCAAUAUGAUGCACCAAAAUGCUGGUCCACAUCCUCCAUUUGUUUCUGGGCGUGGACUCUUGCCCACACCAGACACCCGUCCACUGUUCCCAUUAGACAAUUCCAGGCCUCCUCACCAUUUCCCGCAAUCACUGAUGUCCCAGCCACCACCUCCAAGGGAGGCAAUGCCAUUAAUGAACACAUCUGUUCGACCACCCAUGCCAAUUUCUGCAAUGGCACCUCUUGCACAAUUAACAUCUCUUCUGCCAGCUCUUGAAAGAGCCAAAAUGGCUGCACAUAGAGAUGAUCAGAAUAUACCACAACAAAUGUUCAAGCAUCCUUUGCCUGUUCCACCUUCACUCAUGGGAAAAGGACCUCUAAUGAGUAAUUCAGCAUCCAAUAUGUCUGCAGGGCCUAUGAGGCAGGUACGAGGUAAUCGUGGUGGUGAUUUCACAGAUUCUACUGAAGUAGUAGACAUGGACAUGAGCCCUGGGGAGGAUGAUUGUGAAUUAGAACUUCCUUCGCCAAAUUCAUCAGAUAGUGACAGAGAUGAUAAGAGAAGGCGUGGUCGCAAGUCUGAUUUGCGUACAAAUAAAAAUGCUAAUGACAUUACAAAAACAGUAGGAACCUCUGAUAAGGGCAUAAUACAACCUGCUGUUUACCUAAAGGCUCUAAGUAAAGUCAUAGAAAAACUUGCUCCAAAAGGACAGCCACAAACAUCUAGCUCAGCAUCUGCUGCAUCACAAGAUAAGUCUAAAGGUCAGCCUCGGAAGCGGAGAUUGGAUUUAAAUGAUGAUGAUGUACCUGCUUCAGCUGUAGAAUUAACAAACAAAGAAAAGUAUCUUAAGAAACUGCAUUUACAAGAGCGAGUAAUUGAUGAAGUGAAACUGGCAAUAAAACCUUUCUACAGUUCUAAAAAAAUAACAAAAGAGCAGUACAAACUAAUACUCAGGAAGGCUGUACCUAAGGUCUGUCAUAGUAAAAGUGGCAAUAUUAAUCCUCAAAAAAUUCAACAAUUAGUAGAAGCAUAUGUUGGCAAAAUAAGCAAAGGUGUGCAUCAUGGAGGCAAGAAAAAGAAAGCUCAUCAACCUAAAGAUUCCGCUAAUGCCUCUAAGGAUAGUUCAGCACCAUCUGCUGCCUCAUCCGCUGUAAGGCAGAAUGGAGAAAGAGCUAAAAAACCAACAAGAUAAUAAUAAAUUGAUAAAACUGUAUAUUACAAAAUUUGUAUAAAUUUGUAAAUAAAAGUAUUAAAAGCAUGAUUGAUAUAACAUGGGUUUUGAAAGUCUAGAUGUACGUUAUUUACAUUUUAUUGCCAUUAGUGUGUCAACUAACAUUAUCGUUGAAUUGUAGCAUUGUAGUUAGUGUACCACAUAGGAGUGCUUGUUUGAAGUAGCCUACCAAUAUAAUUUAAAUAAUACCUUGUAAUGUUUUGUUAUUUAAAAAUUUAGAGAAAAGAAAUACAAUAAUUCUUAGUCCAAGGAUACUUUAUCACCACUCCCUUUAAUACCAAACUAAUGCCUCAUGUAGAAUCUCUUUCUAUAAUAAUUUUUAAAAACAACCCAUCAAUUGGUUACUUUACUAUAAAUCUAAUUCUAUAGUGAUAUAAAUUGUUUUUGAAUUUAGAAUUUAAUCCUUAAAUUAAAAUCCUUAAAUUUAAUCCUUAGUUCAACUUAAAAACAAUGCUGAAUUUAAAAUGCCUUAGUACCACACUGUCAUGGUCAUAUCAUAAUCCCCAUAGUCAUUUUCAUGCUGUACCACAGUGUUCACUUAUUGAGUGACCCAAACAAAAACUAUUACUUUUGUUAUACUAGUAAUAAAAUUUGUACGACUUUUUUGGUUGGCAAUAAUAAAGAACUAACUUGCCCUCCCCUAAAUUAUUGGUAAUUGUGUUAAGAUCAUGAUGGUAUGGUUAAUUAUCCAAGUUUUUUCAAUCUGCUUAACAGCAAUGGAAACUAGGUCAAACUGGAUGGUUCUAUAAGCAUUGGUUGGCCCACACUUUAAUGGCUAUGGAUCCAAACUAUUUAUUUCUUGCCUUUUUCUUCCACUCCAUCAAAGGGAAAUUUUUUUUUUGUCCAUGGCCAGAUUAGCUACAUUACUAAACUUUAUUGUACAUAAGUAAUUAAAAGUUAUCAAAAGCAGUAAAUGAAGGGAGAUAUUGAUGUUUCCAAACUCAUGAAUCAUUUUAAUCAAUCAUGCUGGUCUUUAAAAUUUAAAAAAAGCACAAAACUAUUGUUGCUGACAGUCAUUCGAAACAUUAAAUAAAAGCUUGAACACGUACAAAAAAGGAAUCCUUGAGUGUUUCUAACUAGUAUCUAAUUGGUUUUAAUUGUAUCCCUUAUAAUUUGAUGUUUUCCACUAUUAUCAGUAUUGUUAUUGUAAACCUUAUCUAGUUGACCACUAACUGGUUGGGCAACAUUGCAUAUUAUAAAAGGAUUAUAAAUUGUUGGUUUGGCAUUACAUUUUUUAAUUUAAUAAAAUUAUAAAUAUUGGUUAAUAAAUGAAAAAUAGAAGGUAGAAUUUGUUGGUACAAUAUUCAACACAAGUUUAUUAUCAUUUUUUAUUUAAACAAAGUGACUUUGAAAUUUAGUUCCUGAUGAUGUAAUUGACAACUUAGUCAUAUGGCAUUAUUACUUAUUUAUAUAACAUUUGUUGAUAAAAGAAACCAUUGUUUGUGUUGUCUGGUAAAUAAGAAAAUUAACACUAUGAUUGCUCAUCUUAAAAGAUCGCCAUUUCUUUCUCACUAGAGAUUUUUUUAAAAAGUUUAAGUAAAACUAAAUGUAUAUUCUGUGCACAGCUGUACCAGUAUUGUAAGUUUCUUUUAUCUUUGCUAGUGAUUUUCAAAGAACUGAAUUGAUUGCUGUGCAAAUGCUGCAUGAAGUUACAAUUUUUAAAAAUCCCUUUUUUUUUUUUUUUGAAAUCUCAGUGAAGGAUAUUUUCACAUGUAAAAAUCAUUGCUUAUAAUUUCCUUAUUUAAAUAAUUUAAUGUAAAAAAUAUUGGCCAUGGUUUGAAUGUCUGGUUAAAAACAUUACAAAUACCUUUUGAAAAUUAUGAACUAAGAUGAUUUUCUUUACUAGGACAGUAUAAAGAAAUAAAUGAUAAAUUAUAUAAUAUUUAAUGCUCCAGCUUAAAAUUAAUCAUACUAAAUUUUGGUUUUAAAUAAUAUAAUUUUUAAUUACUUUAAAUAUAGUUUCAAAUUUAAUACAUGGAAAAAAUUAACUAAAAACAACAAAGCACUAGUGUCAAGUAAAUAAGGUAGAUGUUUGUUCAGUAGUUGAGUAUUUGGACUGCUUUGUAAACUUAGUGUGCAAGUUGUGAAGUGCGAUUAAGGUUGAUCAGCUUCACAGUAAAAUUUAAAUGUUGCUGAGAUAUAUGUACAAAGUUAGCUUAUCUUGUUUUUUUUGUGAUGACUAUUGUCCUAUUUUGUCUAAAUGAAUAAACAUCACAUGCAUAAAAUACA